AUGAGCUUUUGCAUGCAGGAAAUAUAUGAUGUGCACCAGGCAGCCUCUGCCAACUGCUGUAUGCAACCCCCUGAUUAUUGCACUUAUAUCGAAGAUAGUCACAGCUACAGUACUUCGGAGGCUCAGGUCCUACACAACAAUAAUAUAUAUAUGGAGGAAGCCUGGGCGGUGAAUCAGCCUUAUACCUGUAGUUACCCUGGAAACAUGUUUAAGAGCGAGUACUCUGAAAUGGACAUGGUCCUGAAUCAAUACAGCCAAACUGACUAUUUCCCCGAAGAAAAAACUACUUUUUCACAGGGGCAGCCUUCGAUGUACUCGCAGAAAAAAGGGUACAUACCCAGCUAUUUGGACAAAGAUGAGCUUUGUGUGGUCUGUGGAGACAAGGCAACGGGAUAUCACUAUAGAUGCAUCACCUGUGAGGGUUGUAAGGGCUUUUUCAGGAGAACUAUUCAGAAGAACCUCCAUCCUAGCUAUUCAUGUAAAUAUGAAGGAAAAUGCGUGAUAGACAAAGUGACACGGAACCAGUGCCAAGAAUGUCGCUUCAAAAAGUGCAUCGCAGUUGGCAUGGCAACAGACUUGGUCUUGGAUGACAACAAACGAUUGGCAAAGAGAAAGCUUAUAGAGGAAAACAGAGAGAAAAGACGCAAAGAUGAGCUGCAGAAAUCUCUGGUACAGAAACCUGAACCAACACCAGAGGAGUGGGAGCUGAUCCAGGUAGUCACAGAGGCACAUGUGGCCACCAAUGCACAGGGGAGUCACUGGAAACAGAAACGAAAAUUUCUGCCAGAAGAUAUUGGACAAGCUCCUAUAGUCAAUGCUCCAGAAGGUGGGAAAGUUGACCUGGAAGCCUUUAGCCAGUUUACAAAAAUAAUCACCCCAGCAAUUACAAGAGUGGUUGAUUUUGCCAAAAAGUUACCAAUGUUUUGUGAGCUGCCAUGUGAAGACCAGAUCAUCCUUUUGAAAGGAUGCUGCAUGGAGAUCAUGUCACUACGAGCAGCAGUCCGCUAUGAUCCAGAAAGUGAGACCCUUACACUGAACGGAGAGAUGGCAGUCACAAGGGGGCAGCUGAAAAAUGGAGGACUGGGGGUGGUUUCAGAUGCCAUCUUUGACUUGGGCGUUUCGCUGUCUUCGUUCAACCUGGAUGAUACCGAAGUCGCCUUGCUGCAGGCUGUGCUGCUCAUGUCAUCAGAUCGCCCUGGUCUCUCCAGUGUGGAAAGAAUAGAAAAAUGCCAAGAAGGUUUCCUCUUGGCUUUUGAACACUACAUUAACUACAGGAAACACAACGUUGCACACUUUUGGCCAAAACUGCUGAUGAAAGUCACCGACCUCCGCAUGAUCGGAGCCUGCCAUGCCAGCCGGUUCCUGCACAUGAAGGUGGAGUGCCCCACUGAACUGUUCCCCCCACUGUUCUUAGAGGUGUUUGAGGAUUAGAACAGACUGUGCUUCUGGAUUCUCAGCACUACUGGGGUGUCUCCCCUUCCAUUCCAUUGCCUCCGUCACUUUUUUGUUCUCAUCCGUUCUAAUAGACAUGGAUGACAAUGUUCCUCUGAUGCGGGUACUCGUGACUAUUGUGGUUUUGUUAUUAUGUCCUUUUGAUGUGAAGUUUAUCCGUGGAAUUUUAACCUUUUUCAUGCUGAAGCGGCUGUCAACUCAUUAGACAACUUUAUGUUUGGCGGUCCUUCCAGUUCUAAAGUGGUUUUGAAAAAAAAUGUAUAUUAACUUGCAUUCACCAGCACUACGGAUCCUACACAGCAAAGGUAUUCUCAAAUAUUGUGCCUGCGGUUAAAGUCCUUACAGACCAUUUCCGAUGAUGAUCAAUCAGUCGUGCAAUGUGUGGCAGUAUUGCCGCAAACACAUGGUUUCCUCUAAGAAAAAGGCAGAUAUUUGGUUUUAUCUGUAGAUGAUAUUUUUUUAAUUUAUUUUUUUAAAGUAAAUUCUAAUGCCCCCUAUUUGACACUCACUGCUCCCCGAGUUGUGGAUAAAACAGUAGCAUCUAUUUUGAAUUGGUUUGAUAGUAAAAUGUUUUAAUCUGGUAAAAUACUAAAAUUAAUAUUUUACCUUUAUACUUAAAACGGUAUGAUAAUCCUUAAAAGAAUGUAUUUUUUUACUCUAGCUCUCCAUUUUUCCCCAUACCCUCUUAUUUUGUUUGUAUAGAAAUUAAAAAGCUAAACAAGUUUGGAUGUUCAGAAUGAAACUAUAUUGCAAAUAUGUGUUAUUUAGUUGGUGUAAGUAGGACAACUCUACAGAACUGGUUCCUUAAUUCUGCACAUUCCCUUCUCAGGUAUUUGAAAGUUAACCUCUUAGGACAUCCCUUAUUGAUUCACCUUUUCCUAAAUCGCUUUACUUAUGUUUUGUCAAUUGGAUUGCCGCAGGUCUUAAUGUCUUAUUACGACAAGGUGGCACUCUGAGAUUUGGUAACAUCACAUGAUUGUGCUCCUAAGGGCCAUAAGUUAAUUGCAUCCAAACUCCUUAAGUGUAAUAUUGCCAUUUUUACUAUUGUACUACCUCCUCCAUCAUCAAAACUCAGUGCCUAGCAGCGAAAUCACAGUCAUUCUGGCAAAACAACUUUCUUCUUGCACAUCCCUCUACGUCACUAAGAUUACUGACAGCCAUAUGAUCUGAGUAGCCAAUAUUUUCUGGACACAUCCUUUGUUUUUGUUGUAUGUUUUUGUCCUUAACUUUAAGGUGAGUUUAUUAAUAGUCCAAAUUCACAGUCAAAGAUCUACCUCUCCUAGCCAAUCACAUAAGACCGUGCUAUUCAUUACUAAAAUCGAGCGUCUGCAACAGCUCGUCAGGGAAGUGAAAAUGUAGUUACCGCCACUCCAUUAGGUGUGAGCUGGAGUUUUUGGCAGAAGACGUAAUAAACUUUUUUUUCUAUUAAAACAUAGCUUUAUAAAUGUCGCACGGCACGUUAGCAAUGCCUUUUGUAAUACAGUUUGUACAUGCAUGAUUUUAAAGGUAGGCAUACAUGCACACGUGUGUAAAAGAAGGGAAAGCAAAAAAGUGUAAUAAAAGGUAUAAAUUAUGAGACAAAUAAUAAAGGAAAAGGAGCACAAAAACUACUUAGAUUAAUGAAAUAAAAUUCUAGUGAUUGUGUGCCCUGACUAUAAAGUCAGGGGUUUUGGAUGUUUUUUAGGUUAGCAUGGAAUUUUGCGAUUUUCAUCAUUGUAUUAAAAUUUCU